CUGUGGCUCCCCCCUCCUCCCUGUACAAAUUAGUUAAGUCACUGGACUCAAACUCCUCAAAACAUUUCAACCUGUUCGUUAUGUCGGUGCUGGGCGUGAACAUUUUGUUUUGGUGUGGUGUGAGCUCCCGUCCUCGUUGGCUUAUUUCUGUCUAGAGUGCAUGUGUCAGAAGAGUUGGAAAACCCCCUCAUACAGUAGCACCAGGACUGGGGGUCAAACAGGAGGAAUCGUAUUACAGGGACCAGAAGUGACGGGACAAUGCGAGUCCACGUGCACACCAAGUUCUGUUUCCUGUGUGUGUUCACCUUCCUCUUCCAUCAGUGCAACCACUGCCAUGGAGAACACCACCACGCCGACCACAGCCACGUCCACAGCGACCUGCAGAUCUCUGACGCUUCGUACGUGAGAGGAGCCACCGUGACACCAGAGUCCGGGAGCUCCCAUGGGGACGCUCUGGAGGAGGAGCAGCGCUUCUACAUCCAGCAGCUGUUCAGGCGCUACGGCCAGAAGGACCGGAUGGACUUCCAGGGAUUUCAGAGUCUGCUGUUUAGCUUGGGUCUAGGUGAAGUAAAGGUGGUGGAUGUGGAUCACGAGGAUCUGGGCCACGACCAUGUAGCCCACCUCGACUUGCUGGAUAUGCAGGAGGGGCUUCACUCACAUUCAUCCACCAGUGACGGCCACGAUCAGGAUCACAGGCACGGGCAUGGGCGGGGGCACGGCCACGGGCACGCUCAUCCACACCACAAGCCCGGCUCCCACUCAGCCCGGCACAGAACAGGUUCCUACACGGUGCAGCCAGCAGACGACUGCUGCCAGUCCGGUUGCUGGUGCACCUGCAGGGCACGACCAUAAACAUGAUCACGACCACGAUCAUGAUCAUGAUGCAGAACAUAAUCAUGAUCACGCCAAGGGGAAGGAUAGUGACCAUAAACAUUCUCAUGGACAUGUGCAGGACCUACACGAUCAUGAUCACGAUCACAUGACAAAGAGCACAAACACGAGCAGGUGCAGGCUCCGUCUGAUCACAAGGACCUGACCUCUCACCCACACGGUGAUCACGACCACGACCACAAUCACGUUCAUCAAAUACAAACCA